AUGCUUUUGCUGGACUAUCACAAUGUCAUCCUAAAGAAUAUUUUAGAAGAGCGGCUCAAAGGCGACAAGCGAGAUGCUCUUGACAUGACGGUUGUAGACUUUGAUGGUGUCACCUACUACGUUACGACGCCCGAGACGAAAACUGUAUUGCAUAUCUCGUUACAAUGGGCUUGCUUCAAAGAAUUGGUCGGUUACGGUGCUCAGGAAGUCUUACAACGGGAAUACGGCGAAUACUUGGCCAGUAGCCCGGAACAAGGCUACGAUGUGACGCUUGUUAUUGACUUGGAAAAAGUGCCUCAAGACGAAGAAACACGCGACGCACUUAUCCGUAAAGUCUCGCUUUUGAAACGCAAUUUACUGGCUGCACCUUUCGAGCGAGCUUUUGCCGAGCAAGGCGACUACAACGAUGAUGCUAAACCCAACCCCACGUCGGAGUUAAUGACGGUUCAUUAUCGAGAAGAAGAGGCCAUCCACAUCAAAUCCAGCACCGACCGAGUGACGGUCAUUUUCAGCACAAAAUUCAAGGACGAGACGGAUAAAAUCUUUGGCAAAGUGUUCUUACAGGAAUUCGUGGACGCACGUCGUCGCCCAGCUUUACAGAAUGCUCCUCAAGUCCUUUACUCUAUUCGUGAGCCACCGAUGGAACUGCGCCAUCUCAAUCUGAAUGAUAGUGACGAUACCAGCUAUAUCACAUUUGUCUUGUUCCCUCAACAUUUCACCAAUGGAGAUGUCCGUGAAGAAACGAUUUCUCGUAUCCAAGUAUUCCGUGAUUAUCUCCAUUACCAUAUCAAAUGUUCCAAGGCAUACAUGCACACCCGUAUGAGAGCACGUGUUAGAGACUUUUUGAGAGUCCUGAAUCGUGCCAAGCCAGAAAACACCAAUGUCGAAAAGAAAACGGCAAGUGGAAGAACCUUCCGUAGAAGUUAA